UUGACUGCUCUAGCAACUGGCUAAUAUAACUAGGCAACAAUGGCAGAACGCGCGGCGCAAUGAUAGGCCUUUUGCUGGUUGAAAUUCUCGCAGCCACCCCGCCGACCGACCCGGCCGAGAUAUAUAAGGUACGCCGGCAUGCGUCCACCGAUACUCCACUUCAGUCCGUGGCGAGGACGUGCAGUCGAAGAGCGAACGCGCUAUGUCGGUCACCAACAUCGAUCCAACGAUGGGGGGAGCUAUAUGGCACGUCCGUUUUUUUCUUCCCCGUGCCGACACCAUGAUUAUUAUCAGGAGGGUGCGACAAAUAUAUUCACCGGAAGUUCGGCGAAUGUACCAUGUUAGCCUGGGAUCUCGUGUACACCAGCUUCGCGGCAGGAUCAGAGAGCUGCUUACUCCCGCAGCAGCGCUGGUGGUGGCUCCAAGUCACCACCGAGAGCCCGUCAAUCGCAUUGGGGUCGACCUUUGUCUGGCCGAGUCCUACACUGCUGUCCAUAGCACCGUAUUGGACAACCUAUCGGCGACGCAGACACAGUAAACCUACUGCUGUCCUCCGUAGGAAAUUCCACCCCCCGCCCCGGGCGAAUGGUGAAGUAUCUGGACGAGUGCCUGGCGUCGAAAUGCAGAAUGUUUGCGCUAGGUGCGAUCCUGCCGCCGGACCAGAGAUCCGUCAUCGGGUGUACGUCGACAGCCAGCCCGGGCCUGACGAUUUCGUACGUGAUCGUCACAUUCCUCACCAGCACAGUGACCAUUACGGGCGAGGAUGGCCUGUCACGCGCCGGGUCGACACCCGGGGUACUACUAGCCUUCCAACCUCGACCGUCGAACAGUCGUCAGCCGCUACCGCUACCGUCUGCGCACCUCCACGAGCAGCACGGCGACAACCCCGGCAACAUGACCACCAGCAACAGAAACGAGCGAGGCACCAACACAGUCAAGCAGAACCCUGCCAUCCACCGGGCCAACACCGCCCAGCGAGCUAGCUCCGGGCGCCGUCGCCGGGGCGGUCGCUGA